GGACUGGAAGGCGUGCUCAACCAGCUCAAUAUAUAAAGCCACCUCCAACUGGAGUCUGCAAAAACGUUACGAGCCCCCCACCUCUCCUCUAAUAACAUCCAUCCACUCUGCGCAAGGCCUAGCCAAGGCUGCGUCUCACCUGAUAACAGGACACACGGAGUGCGCUGGAGCUAAACACACAGCGGAAAACUUUCACUUCGCUCUCACAGUGUGUGUCAUCAGGGGCUCGCAGUCACAAUGGAUGUCUCCUCCGUCUCUUUACCCUGUCAUUUUAUGAUGAAACCUACAGACAAACCCUACAUACCUAGCUAGCAAUACCUUUUUGAUUUCUUCCAAUUAGCACUUUUAGAACAGAAUUUUGAGGUUUCUUGAAUCCAUUUUGUGGUAGGAAUUUAUUUCUUAAACACAUAUCCCCGCAUAAGUCACUGUCAAACUACACUAAAUUGGCCCGGUUAAAAGACGUAAUUGUUUUAAUUAAAUUCAUUUGCAAGUAGUUAUGGAUACAAGUACGCUAGCAACCCUGGCUGCUGCCACUACCAUGGCUCUGGCCUCCCAGUCCCCCAUGUCAGGCUACUUGUGGCUGUUGGUGUUAGGCUUCGUCAUUGCCUUCAUCCUGGCUUUCUCUGUUGGGGCCAACGAUGUGGCCAACUCCUUCGGUACGGCAGUGGGCUCUGGAGUGGUCACCUUGCGCCAGGCCUGCAUCCUGGCCACUAUCUUUGAGACGGUGGGCUCUGUGCUGCUCGGGGCCAAAGUCAGCGAGACCAUCCGGAAGGGGAUCAUUGACGUCCAGAUGUACAACGGCUCUGAACACGUCCUGAUGGCAGGUUCCAUUAGUGCGAUGUGUGGCUCUGCUGUGUGGCAGCUGGUUGCAUCAUUUCUGAAGCUGCCCAUUUCUGGAACCCACUGUAUUGUCGGCGCCACAAUUGGCUUCUCCAUGAUAGCCCGGGGUCACCAAGGGGUCAAAUGGAUGGAGCUACUGCGCAUUGUGGCAUCCUGGUUCUUGUCGCCUGUGCUGUCCGGCGUCAUGUCAGGAAUUCUCUUCUAUUUUGUUCGCAAAUUCAUUCUGAACAAGGCUGACCCCGUGCCCAAUGGCCUCAGAGCUCUUCCCAUCUUCUAUGCCAUCACUAUGGGCGUCAACCUCUUCUCCAUCAUGUUUACAGGAGCACCAUUGUUGGGUUUUGACAGAGUGCCAUGGUGGGGUACACUGUGCAUUGCGCUGGGCUGUGCCUUCAUCACAGCUUUGGUCGUUUGGUUCGUUGUCUGUCCAUACCUCAAGAAGAAAAUCAAACGAGAAACAGCUCCUGCUCCCUGUGAAGCUCCACUAAUGGAGAAGAUCUCCAGCAAACCUGCUCCAGCAGAGCAGCCCUCCAGCCCUCGUAACCCUCAACCCCAGACUCCUCUCGCUGACCGUCAGAAGGUGGCUUUCAAACUCGGAGGGUCAGAUGAGGCUGAUUUGGACAACAAUUACAUGGAAACCAAAGACUUGGAUGUCAGCAAUGGCCUGAAUGGCACGGUUGGAGCCAUGAUGAUCACCGAUCCCCACAGUGGACGGUCCCACACCAUCCACAAAGAUUCUGGCCUUUACAAAGACCUGCUGCACAAGCUUCACAAGGCUAAGGUCGGCGACUGCAUCGGGGACAGUGAUACAGAGGAGCGGCCCAUGAGGAGGAACAACAGCUACACCUCCUACACCAUGGCUAUUUAUGGCAUUCAAGGAGACCCUAAAUACAAGGACCUGGAUGGUGGGCUGCAGGGAAGGCAGAGGGUGGACAGUUACAGCAGCUACAGCUCCGCAGUGACCAACGGAAGUGCAGUCCAGGAAGAGAGCGUGAUUCAGGAAGCUGGCAUGGACCCCGCUUCAGAAGAGGAUGAGCUGGAAGUUGACCAACCAGCUGUCUCCCUGCUUUUCCAGUUCCUGCAGAUACUCACAGCAUGCUUUGGCUCCUUUGCUCACGGAGGGAACGAUGUCAGCAAUGCAAUUGGUCCGCUGGUGGCUCUCUGGCUUCUGUAUGAGAGCGGCUCUGUGGCAUCCAAUGCACCGACGCCCAUUUGGUUGCUUCUUUACGGCGGAGUGGGAAUCUGCGCUGGACUCUGGGUAUGGGGACGAAGAGUGAUGGAGACCAUGGGCAAAGACCUCACCCCAAUUACACCCUCCAGUGGAUUCAGCAUUGAGCUGGCUUCAGCAUUCACAGUUGUUGUGGCAUCAAAUGUCGGGCUUCCUGUCAGCACAACCCACUGCAAGGUGGGAUCCGUGGUGGCCGUGGGAUGGCUGCGCUCCAAGAAAUCCGUUGACUGGCGUCUGUUCAGGAACAUCUUCAUCGCCUGGUUUGUCACAGUUCCUAUCUCUGGGUUGAUCAGUGCCGCCAUCAUGGCUCUAUUCAUAUAUGUCAUUCUGUGAGCCUCCCAGUGCACAAACACGCUGUUAAUUCAACUGACAGACAUGAUUUCUUUUCAAAUUAUGUUUAUAAUACUCACUGUCAUUUCAAGCCAAUGAUGUUAUCUCAAAGGAAUGUGUCCAUGAAUGAUGUAGGAUCUAAUAACACUGUUCAGAUAUCCUGUGAUCUUGUAUAUCCCUAUGUAUAUUUGUAUAAAAGCAAUAUGUAUUAAAAAUCAAACAAUUCCAAUUUGUCUGACAAAGAACAAAUAACAGUUAUAUUCUGUGUCUAUGUUUGCAUAUUUGGAUGUAAUAAAACAAUGAGUUGUUUGAUUUGAAUGGAUUUCAAUGUAUUUUACAUACUAUUAAACAUGUUUCCACUGAA